UGGUAGACAUUAAUUUAAAUAUUGUGGAUAUUUAGUGCCACGGCUAUAGACGGGAGCGCCUCACCAAAAAAAAAUCUAAAAAAAUCUAGAAAUCAAAAGAUUUCUUAUAAUUACUUCAAAAGUGAAAUUUUAGCCCUACAACAACCGAUAAUAGAUACUUUCAAGUUAUAAUAGAACACCAUUGACAUACCGUGGACAACCGAAUAGUUUGUAUCCCAACACUUAUAUACUCAUAAUCACUACAAGAAAAAGGUAUAAAUCGAAACAUUCAUAUGUCAUCAUCCCCUACCACCACUACUGGGAUUCCAAUAUAUCAAGAUUCAUAUCAAACCAAUAAUGAUGGAACAUCAUCACCUCCCCAACAACAUCCUCCAAUUGAUUCUCCUCCAUUUUCCAACAAUGCCAAGUUCAAGAGGAACUAUCGUGCCUGUUUGAAUUGUCGAGUACGGAAAGUCAAAUGUGAUUUAGGUCCCGUUGAUAAUCCUCGACAAGGGAAAUGUGCUCGAUGUUUAAGAGAACGGAAAGAUUGUGUGUUUGUGGAAUCUAAAAGAGGUGGUGUUGGUAAUGUGGCCAAUGGGAAGAAAAGAAGAAAAGUAGGGGGAAGUGGUAGUGAUACUGAUGGUAGUAAUCCUGAUACUCCUCAUAAUACUGCUUCUAUCAGUACUAGUCCUUCCCUUGUACGUCUGCAAAAUAAUAGUACUAAUCAUCUUAAUAAUCAUAAUAAUAAUAAUGUGGAAUAUCAAGAUAUCACUGUGAAGAAAGAUGUUGUCCAUACACACCAUCACCAUCAAUCAAAACAAUCUCAACCAAUUACAAGAUUACCUACUGUGGAUGAUAUGUUAAAUAAAGCUGCCCGUCAUCCUCAAACACCACCUAUAUCAGAUAUAAGGCAGACUCAGAAAAUUCAACAACAAGAGGAAACUCAAACAACUCCAAGAACAGCUGCUGAUGAAUCAAAUAGUCAUUUCUCAACUAUGGAAGGUGCGUUAACUUUCUUAGCCAAUGCAGCUGGGACUAUCGCUAAAGCUGAUGAAAGAGAUAACAUCGAUGCCAGAGUUCAACAUGCUCAAAUUGAAGCUUCUCAACAUCGUACUGAUUCAAGAAUGAAUUCAAGCGAGUCUCUUAAUAAGGUAUCCAAUAUCAAGGCCACUGAUUCCGCUAAUGGAUCCAAUGUGAUUAAUAGUUCAAGUGGGAAUGAUUCUGUAUCUGACUUUUCAACCUCUCAACUUCAGACCAAUGGAGAAGGUUUAUCUUCGUCGUCAUCAGCAGGCAUAUCUACCGCUGGGAAACAUUCCGAGUCUACUAUUCCUCAAUAUAUCAAACCUAACUUGAAUAAAAGAAUGACAAUGCCAGCAGCAGAGAGUGCAUCCAUGGUUAGACCGAGAGGAUCCAAUAAACUCUCCAAUAUAGAGUAUAUCGGAGGUGAAAAUGGAAUCUUAACCGAAGAUGAAGCUGAACGUUUAAUUCAUCUUUUCUUCACCACCAUGCAUCCAUUCUUUCCUCAUUUACCUAAAUUCCUUCAUAGUUCUAAAGUUUUAUCAGGGUAUCCGAUUUUAUUAUGUGCAAUCUUAACUAUCGCAUCAAGAUAUCAUCCAUUUGAAAAUAAUACAGGUAUGUCUGGUACAGCUGGUGGUGUGCCGAGAAAUAUCGAAGUUCAUGAUCGUUUAUGGCUUUAUGUUCAACGAUUAAUUUCUCAAACUGUGUGGGCAGAAGCAAGUACUAGAUCCAUUGGGACUGUGUUUGCCUUUUUAUUGUUUACAGAAUGGAAUCCAAGAGCCAUUCAUUGGAGAUGGUCUGAUUAUGCUAAUAAGGCCGAUGAUGGGAAUGAUAAUGAUUUAAUUAGUUCAUCAGGUGGUAAUUAUGUAUUCCCGGAUGUUCCCAAUAUCAAGGGACCUACUGGAUCUUCUUCUUCUGGAGCUGGUUCCACUUCUGAUGUUAGUAAUUUAGCCGGAUUGGGAGCUAUGAGAAGAAGUUAUAGAAUGGCAUGGAUGUUAAUUGGAUCAGCAGUAAGAUUAGCUCAAGACAUGGGGUUUAUGGAAAUGAGUUCAAAAACAUUUUUAGCCACUCAUAUUUCAGAAAUCAAUUCAGUGAUGAAUAUUAGUAGAAGAUCAAUGUUGGGUCAUUCCUUAUCAGAAGUUGAAUUAGAUGAAGAUGAAAUUAGCGAAGAAGCAUUGGAAAAGGAAGAAGAUUUGGAUGAUCAAAUGUUAAAUAUGAACGAAGAAGAUCAAAAGAAGUUACCUCUUGAUGCCGCCUUGAAAUUCACUUUAUCUCAAAAGGCUCAGGUUGAAUUAUUACAAAUUAUCUCCUUAGGUCAUGAAUCACUUUAUGGGUAUCGUGCACAAUUAGGUUCAUUAACUCAAAGACAAAAUCUUUCUGUUUUGAAUCUCAUAAGUCCCUUGAUUAAUAAUUGGGGGAGAAAGUAUAAACAAUAUCUUAUCCCUUCUAAUCCUAAGAUAUUGAGAAAUGUAUCAAAUGUUCAGACACAUUGGUUAAAUCCUCAAUCUAAAAUCAGUAAGGAUAUUGCUGAAUGUAUUGAACGUGAAUCAUUCAUCUUUGAAUAUAACUAUGUGAAGUUGUAUAUCUAUUCGUUGGCUUUAAGUCCUUCUCCAAGGUCCUUGAGUGAACAGAGAAAGAGUCGUAAAGGUAAAGUAACAUUGAAAUUAGAUGAGAUUUCAAAAUCAGCUAAAUAUAUUGAAAUGGCUUUUAAAUCCGCUAAUGAAAUGUUACAUUCUGCUCAUCGUGUACAUCGUUUGAAAAUGUUAAGAUUCAUGCCAGUUAGAUGGUUGACAAGAAUGGUUCGUGCUGUGGCUUUUAUCGUGAAGUGUUAUUUGACUAUUACAGCUCAUAAAAACAGCGCUAAAAAUACUACUUCAAGUGAUAAUUUCGAUGCUACGAUUUUAUCAUUAAGUUUAAUUUCAGUGGAUGACAUUAUUCAAAGCAUCCAAAAGGCAGCUAUUACAUUAAGAGAUUGUUCACCAGAUGAAUUACAUUUAUGUACGAGAUAUUCUACUGUUUUAAUGUAUUUAUGCUCGGAAAUGAAAACAAAAGCUAAAAGUUUCCCAGAAGUUAAUAUUGAUUACGAUCCAAAUGCCGGUAGCACGAAGAAAAAGACAGCUCAUUUCAAUGAACAAGCCCAAGAAAACGACGAAGAAGAGGAGGACGAUGAUGAUUUUGAGUUGAAUGAAACUUCACCAUCUCAAUCACCAGCCGAUCUUUUAAUUCAAAGUCAACAACCAAAACCACAACAACCAUUUGCUCCACAGCCUGUAGCUCAACUGCAAAUACAAGUACAAGUUCAACAAGCUCAUCCGCAACCACAAGUUGUAAUGACUCAAUCCGUACCAUCAUCAUCAGGGGGUGAUAUUUAUCAACAGCCUCAAGUGACAGACUUCAAUCAAUUUGUCCAACCAAGACCAGUAAGAACUCAAUCGAUCCCAGACAUACCCAAUCAACAACAACAGCAACAACAACAAUCGAUCAAUUACAAUCCUUAUUUCGCAACCAGAAACAAUUCAUAUUCGAACGCUUCAAAUAGCGAAAGCAUGACACCAAGUAAUACAGGUGAUGUGACUCCAGCUGUGGCCACGGGUGAAUGGUUUAUGAAUGAUAAGAAUAUCGGUUUGGAUUUCGUAGUACCAUGGAUGGAAAUGAUUGAACAACAAUUGAACACCAAUGAUUUUAAUUUCGAUUAUAAUGGUUCAAGUUCAUCGUAAUAUUUUGUAUAAUAUAUAAGUACAUAGAUAACAAUUUAAUGUUUUGUUUUUUUAAGACAAACUAAGCUAAUUGAAC